AUGACGGCUGAACCAGUAGACCCGCUCACCCUCUUGCCUUCUGAGACUAUCCUCCAGAUUCUCGAGUUUGCACCGUCUGCUGCUUUGGUGGCGCUCACCCGCGUUUCCAAAGCCUGGCAUGAGUUCAUCAACGCAACACACCAGCAUGCAAUCUACUCGUCCGACUUCAGGAACCCGCACCCGCCUGGGGCCCUGGAAUCCUCUUUUUUAGCCAAUCAUUCCAGCUUUUCGAGGUACUUCGAGGACGCCCGAAAUUGGGCUAAGGCUAAGUCUAAGACGGCUCAGUCCACCAUCCAAGUCGGCAACGACCCUGUAUGGCGUUUCACGGCCGACUUCAAGCGCCGUUUCUUGCUCUCCACCUCGCAUAAUGAUGGAUUCAAUGUGACCGACAUGGAAACUGGUGUCAUUAUCUGGAGACUCUUAUGUGACGAGGUGCGACCAUAUGCACACCUCAAAUAUCAGGACGGCACGGCCGUGUGGGAUCGCGAAGAUGACUCUCGAGGUCAGGGCUUUGUCUACGGUAUGACCAAGAACCCGCCGUUGCUAAGCACUCAGAUCGACAUUUCCAAGGGUGCCACGGGCCAUUUGGACCAGGAUCAGGACAUCGUCAUGUACUCGAUGGGUGAGUGCGGCUAUCAUGUGUAUGGCAAGCAGUCCGGUACCUUUUUGGGCAACGCCAACAUCACACGGUGUACUAAUUACUGGCAUAUCAAAAAUAAUGCGCAUGCGCCAGACGAUAUUGAUCACGAGAGUCAGGACUCGUUCAGUAACGACUUCCCAGUCACAUCAACACGCAAGAACGGCCGUCGACGCCAAUCCAGGCCGAACCUGGCCCGUUUGCCCGGGCGGCCGACUUGCCCGGAAUCUCUCUCCAGGAUGACGAAUGGGGUUCUGGCAUGGUUUCUGGCGACCUCGUUGUGGGCAUCCCGAAAGGCGGUAGAGUGCUGGUUUGUCCUCGUUGGCAACAGUCUCUUAAGGGACCGUGGAGACCUCGUUAGCGAGGUCUCCAUCCUGAUUGAGUGUGAAUUCAACGUUGCUGGCUUCGAUCUGGGCGGUCGGCUAUCGGUCAAGGCAAAUCGAAUCAUGUUUGAGGUUGAUGGACGCAUCUAUAUUGUCGCCCUGGACUAUAAGGGUCGUCCAAGCGGGUCAUCCUAUUCCAUAUCGACCGCUUCCACUGAUCUCGAACACGCUGGAGUGCCAGUCAGCUUCAUGGCUCUCUAUGAUUGCAUCAUGUCAACUUAUACUUUACGACAUGAGGCGCUCAGGAUUAUGAGUCUCUGGGUCUGGGAUUCAUACCAGCGAGGAUGAAGUUGGAUUGUCAGCACACACUGGAAGAUGCACAUAACUUUAUGUAUGCUCUAAUGUUUUCCUUUGCAUAACUGUUAUAAGUUACCUGUCGUAUAAUUAUAUAAAUUUGAAAGUGAC